AAAUCCAGCAUAUUUGUCGUUAUUCGUAUGAUAUUUUAUAUUUUGGCAUCAGGAACCCAAAUUAGUUUAUACUGCAUUAAUGGCCAGCAACUAACAACCGUGAGCGAAGAGAUUCCGUUAGCGUUGUACAGCUGCAAUUGGUAUGAAGAAAGCAAUAAAUUCAAACAAUUGCUACGCAUGAUGAUUAUGAGGACUAAUCGACCUUUUAACUUGGAAGUAUCAUGGUUUACUCUGAUGAAUUUGGCCACCUUGAUUGCGUUUUUCAGAAUGAGUGGUUCCUACUUUCUGUUACUGCGCAACCUUCAAGAAAAAUAAAUUCUUAAUAAAUUGUGAAAUGUGAAUUGUGAA